GUAUCAGACGAGGGUUUGUUCUGCGGUACCGGAGCUGUCGGCUCUGCCUGGCAGGAGCACCUGGAGCAUUCCCUGGAGCGCCAGCAGGACCAGGGCCGUAUCCUGCCCCAGGACAACCGCCAAGUGGCCCUGGACUUGGGCCCUCUCCUCUACAGGGGGGACCGGCUCCUCCGAUGGCCCAGGCUCCAGCAUUUGGCUUUUGAUGUGCUUUUUUUGCUAACACCAAAUCCCUGUUUUCUCCAGAAAGUCCCCUUUGAGAUGUCCCUGCAGGCAGGACUCAUCCCUCGGCUGCUCAUAACCAUCACGGGGACCGUCAACCCCAACCCAACCAGGUUUUCACUGGAUUUCAAGAAAGGGAAUGACAUCGCCUUCCACUUUAAUCCCCGCUUUAAGGAAGACAACAGGAAAGUCAUCGUUUGCAAUUCAAUGUUCCAGAAUAGCUGGGGAAAGGAGGAGAGGACAGCUCCUAGGUUUCCAUUUGAAGCUGGAAAACCCUUCAAG